AUGGCCGUAGAUAAGUCCGCUUAUCCUGCGUCCUGCGACCUGCGUCCUGCGACCUGCGUCAUGCGUCAUGCGACCUGCGUCAUGCGACCUGCGUCAUGCGACCUGCGUCUUGCGUCCUGCGUCAUGCGACCUGAGACCUGCUACCUGCGUUAUGCGACCUGUGUCAUGCGUCAUUCGUCCUGCGACCUGCGUCCUGCGACCUGCGUCAUGCGACCUACGACCUGCGUCAUUCGUCCUGCGACCUGCGUCAUGCGACCUGCGUCAUGCGACCUGCGUCAUGCGACCUGCGUCAUGCGACCUACGACCUGCGUCAUUCGUCCUGCGACCUGCGUCAUGCGACCUGCGUCAUGCGACCUACGACCUGCGUCAUGCGACUUGCGUCCUGCGUCAUGCGACCUGCGUCAUGUGUCCUGCGUCCUGCGACCUGCGUCAUGCGACUUACUACCUGCGUCAUGCGACCUACGACCUGCGUCAUGCGACUUGCGUCCUGCGUCAUGCGACCUGCGUCAUGUGUCCUGCAUCCUGCGACCUGCGUCCUGCGACCUGCGUCAUGCGACCUACUACCUGCGUCAUGCGACCUACUACCUGCGUCAUGCGACCUGCGUCCUGCGUCAUGCGUCCUGCGACCUGCGUCCUGCGACCUGCGUCCUGCGACCUGCGUCAUGCGACCUACGUCCUGCGACCUGCGUCAUGCGACCUGCGUCAUGUGUCCUGCGUCCUGCGACCUGCGUCAUGCGACCUGCGUCAUGCGUCCUGCGACCUACGACCUGCGUCAUGCGACCUGUGUCAUGCGUCAUGCGUCCUGCGACGCAUAGAGCAGCAAGUUCUGCGACCUGCGUUCUGCAACCUGCGUCAUGUGACCUGCAUCCGGCGUCCGGCGACCUGCGAAAUUAA